AUGCUUUCAACAGCGGAGUACAAGAUAUAUAAGCUUUAUGAAAUCUACAAAACCGAUCUUUCAAAGAAGAGAGACUUUGACAAUGAAAUUUUAUGGUGGCAAACAAAGUGGUCUCAUUCAACUGAUGAAAAACCAGGAACACUCACAGAGACACUCCAGCACGCUAAUCUGGACCUUUAUCCCAACGUGGUCACAGUUAUUACCAUCCUCCUAACAAUGCCAGUGUCAACUGCUACCCCCGAACGAUCUCUUAGCAGAGUGAAGACGUGCUUACGUUCCACGAUGAAAACAGAGCGACUCGCAGCACUUGCUCUGAUGUAUGCUUACAGAGACAUACCCAUUGAUGUAGAAGCCGUGAUUCGGGAAUUAUGCGCCAAAAAGAACAGACGUCUAGCUUUCGCGAUUUCUUUGAGUUUGCCAAGAUUUCAGAUAUGUUUGCAACUAAUGUGUCGCUUGUCAGGUCAUUACGUUGUUGCUGUAGUUGACCACAACCACGACUGGCUGCAUUUUGUUAAAUAUUCCAUUAUUUCUUGUUCAAUAUGGAAUCCUGGCAUUUGCCAAUUAAUUUAAGCGCCCAGAUUGCACCAGAUUACAUCUCAGAGUACUUGAACUUUCAGAAUUUUCCGGGAGGGCAUGCCCCUCGACCCCCUAGCAUGUCGCGCCUUGGGCUCUACUAAUGGGCGCUAAUGCGCCCAUAUUGUAUCUCCCCUCAAUAUGCUUCACCAAGGCUUACAAACAAAAAAAUGCCUAGGAACGCCCCUGACUUAAAUAAGUUUAUUAUUUUUUAAAAAGUGCAUACCUUCAUAAAUAGACUUAUCUAGUAUGGUAAAUAAAACAUAAUUAUAUUUUACAUUAAUAGAUGUAUUUUGUGAAUUUCCUUAAACCAUUUACCCCAAAACGUUGUACAGAAAAUAAAGAAACAAAGUUGCCUGCCAAAGAAGCCAUUUAAAACAAAAUAUACAUUACUGACACCCAUCUCCCAGUCUCUAACAAGUUAUUUGCAAGCAAAGAAGUAACCACAAGCCUGUGUGUGUACCUCGUUGUGGAUAAUCUUGAAUGUACAGUAGCUUAUAAACACAGCAAACAGAAAAAAUUUCUCUCCCAAUUCUAGCUUAGAAUUCUGGCUUAUUCAUGUACCAAAUGUGCCAGCUAGAAGACCUCUUUAGCUUGUAUAUUUUGUUUUUUUCAAUGCGGGCCAUGUGAUAACACUCCAACGAACAGUUUCUUUUCCAUGUUAUUUCAGACGCUGCUCAUGUACAAGAAAUACGAAAGAGAAUCGUGGAGGAUUAUUGCCUGACUCAUAGAUUUGACAAAAAUCCUAAUUUUAAUAGAGACAACUUUGCAUUUGUCCUCGUAGAUGACAGACUCAAGUUAAUCUACUGUGCAAUCCCAAAAGUAGCAAGUACAACAAUGAAGGAGAUAUUUGCUCAGCUUUAUAAUAAAACUUGGAGAGGUGCUGAUGUAAGUAUAACUUAA